AUGACCGACUACGGGAGGAUGGACCCCUUCUCCUUUGCGGGCUCCAAGGAUGUCGACCACCCCGUCAGCGUUCGAAUCAUGAACCUCGAGGGCGACGAGCCACCCGUCAAGUACUCUACGCUACUCGACCGACCCGACCUGCGACACGUCGGAUCCAACACGAGUCCGCACUCCGAUCUCUUCGUAACCGUCCAGGUUUGGGCGGGAUCCAAACCGCUCACAGUCCCGGUACAAACAGCAUACAAGGCGUUUCGAUCAGAGAGAAAAUGGAACGAAUGGCUCGAGCUGCCCAUAUCCUACAAGCAACUACCAGUCAACGCCCGUCUCGCCAUCACGAUAUGGGACCUGUCGCCCACGGGCGGCAAGCGCGCCACCGAUCACGCGAUCCCCUUCGGCGGCACCACCCUGCCCAUGUUCGACGCCGAGAACCAGGUGCAAAAGGGCCGCCAGAAGUGCCUCGUCCAUCGGCACAAGCACGCCGAUGGCACCGAUAGCUCGAGGACACCGGCCCUCGUCUCGGCUCGGAGGCGCCCGGGAUCUAAGGGCGGCGACGCGGCCGUCCUCGACAAGGACGCCGAGGAGCUCGACAGGAUGGAGAAGCUCUUCAAGAAGCAUGAGAUGGGCGAGAUUCCGCGCGUUGACUGGCUCGAUCAGAUGGUCUUUCGCAGCUUCGAGAAGCGCGGGCUGCAGGCAGCCAAGUCGUCCAUGCAGAUGCUUCAGCGCCAGCGCGCGCUCAACGGCGACGGCGCCGAUGCCGACCCCGAAGACGAGGACGCCGUCGACGACGGGCGGAACGGCACUUCCACCUUCUUGCUCAACGUCGAGCUGCCGCGCUUCGACUUUCCCGUCGUCUUUGCCGACCACGAGUACGACCCGCCCCCGAUAUCGUCGCUGCAGUCGUUGUCCCUGUCGCAGGGCAAUCUCGCUCAGCAUCAGCCCCAGGUCCAGUUCGGCCCGGGCAUCAACGCACUGGGUGAGAGCGCCGACGGCUUCGGCGCCCGCCUCAUCAAGGUGUACGAUCCCGAGGUCGGGCAGCGUGACAACCCGGCCGAGGCAAAGCACCGCCGGCUCUUCCGAAGCUCGCACCGGCACGGCAUCCUCGACAAGGACCUCAAGCCCAACGCCAAGGUCCGCGAUGAGCUCAACGUCAUCAUGUCGUACUCGCCAACCCACGUCCUGUCGCCCGAAGAAGCGGAUCUGGUCUGGAAAUUUAGGUAUCACCUGACCCGCGACAAGAGGGCGCUGACCAAGUUUGUCAAGUCGGUCAACUGGAGCGACCAGAGCGAAUCCAAGCAGGCGAUCCAGGUCCUCGGCCGCUGGACCGAGAUUGACGUCGACGACGCACUUGAGCUGCUCGGCCCUUCGUUUGACAAUCCCGCCGUACGGUCGUAUGCCGUGGAUCGUCUGCGCAAGGCCGACGACGAGGAGCUUCUCCUGUAUCUGCUGCAGCUGGUGCAGGCCCUCAAGUACGAGCAUAUAUCCGCCGACGCGGACCAUGAGAGCACCCAGGACUCGUCGCUAGCGCGCUUCCUCAUCCAGCGCGCCGCGGCCAAUUUCAAGCUUGGAAACUACUUUUACUGGUACCUGAUGGUCGAGUGCGACGACCACAGCCCGGAGCAGGGCAUCGACAACCGAAACAUCUACCGCAAGGUUGCGUACGACUUCAUGGCCGAGCUCGUCACUCAGCCUGGGGGCGCCGAGGACCGCAAGACGCUGCUCCGGCAGGCCGAGAUGAUGGCCAUCCUGUCCAAGCUCGCCGCCGAGGUCAAGCUCGCCAAUGAGUCCAUCGCGAAAAAGGUGGACCGGGUCAAGGGCUUCCUCGCGGACCCCAAGAACGAGCUCCUCACCAUCGACCCGCCGCUUCCCUUCCCGCUGGACCCGUCCAUCAAGGUCACGGGCGUGGCGCCGGACCAGGUCAUGGUCUUCAAGUCGUCGCUGAACCCUAUCAAGUGCACCUUCAAGACGGUCGGUGGGAGCACCUAUCCCAUCAUAUACAAGCUGGGCGACGAUUUGAGACAGGAUCAGCUGGUGAUCCAGAUCAUCACGCUGAUGGACCAACUUCUGCAAAAGGAGAACCUGGACCUGAAGCUCUCCCCGUACAAGAUCCUGGCGACGAGCACGACGGCCGGCGCCUCCCAGUUCGUGCAGUCGCAGAGCCUGUCGAGCAUCGUCAACAAGUUCAAGACAAACCCGGCCUUGGCGUACCUCCGGCACCACAACCCCGACGACCGACAACCCCUGGGUGUGCGGGCGGAGACACUCGACACCUACGUCAAGUCGUGCGCGGGAUACUGCGUCAUCACCUACAUCCUCGGCGUCGGCGACCGCCACCUCGACAACCUCCUGCUCGCGCCGGAUGGGCACUUUUUCCACGCCGACUUUGGCUUCAUCCUCGGCCGCGACCCGAAGCCUUUCGCGCCAGUCAUGAAACUGUCCAAGGAAAUGGUCGAGUGCAUGGGGGGCGUCAACUCGGAGCACUACCAAAAGUUCAGGCAGCACUGCUUCAUGGCGUACACGGCGCUGCGCAAGUCGUCCAACCUGAUCCUCAACCUUUUCAGCCUCAUGGUGCACGCCAACAUCCCCGACAUACGGCUCGAGCCGGACAAGGCCGUCAUGAAGGUGCGCGAGCGGUUCCACUUGGAGCUCAGCGAGGAGGAGGCCAUCGUCUACUUUGGCAACGUCAUCGACGGGACGCUCACGGCCUUUGCGCCCGUCGUCAUAGACAAGCUCCACGAGUGGGCACAGGCGCUCCGGGCGUGA